AUGAUGGAUUUCACCAACACAGGUGAUGGUUCCGGCUCCGAGCUGGGCUCCGACUUGGAUGACGACGCGGAGCAAGAGCCCAAAGCUCUGGUUUUCACCAAGGUGGCCCGUUUGAUUCGACUGCAAGAGCACUGGUCCUUGCGCCUCAAAGAGGGCGUGUUGAAAGUGAACGACAUGGAGAUUGUCUUUUCUGCUGGUUCUGUGCAAUUGGACUUCCCUGAGGUCAGGGGAAAUCUGCAAGUGGUGAGAGAUCUAUGGGGUUUAGGGGUGACUUGCUGCCUAGAAUUGCUACAUCUAUGGUAA